UGCGCCAGAUUGACGCAGCCAGUGAAGUGAACGCAUAUAUUUUUGCUGGCAUUUUCCAUGAAAGUACGGAAACACUGUAUAAAACUGAAUAAGGACUCUGAAACUACCUAUUUGUGUGGUUUUCUCCUCUUACCGGAUAUUAAAGUUCAAGCACCUGUCACUCCUCAGUAUGACUGAGCCUGCUGAGCUGCUGAUCAUCAAGGACCAGUAUGAGUUGGCGUUUCACUCUCUGAGCCGGGGUCUGGCUGCUGAAGAGGCCGGGAAAAAAGCUGAGGCCCUGGAGUCUUACCGGAAAGGCCGACAGCACCUCACCCAAGGCUUGGGAGUUCCCACUGGGGGGAAGAGGCAUCAGGGAGCAUUCUGGGAUACAGCCAGGCAGCUUCAGCAGAAGAUGAGGGACUCUCUGAGGACUGUUACCACCCACCUCUCUGACAUGGAGACCUCUCAGCAGACCACAGGAGCACAGAGAGGCGGCCUAUUGAUGGAUCUACCUCUCAGUCUUUAUCCUGACCUGGCAAAGAGCAGCCAGCCCCCCCAAAGCUCCCUCCACCGUCUGUACCCCACCGUACCUACCACUAUAGAGAGCACAACCCCAAACCUCCCUCCUAGGCCUCUUGCCCCUGCUGUUCUGCACACGCUCCCUGCAGGAAUCAUGGCUAACCCAGGGGACCAGCCUCCAGCAUACAGCCCCCAGCCAACUGUCGGCCACCGCAGCCUGUCUUAUAGUUCUGCUGGAGGCGGCUUCAGGCUCGGAAGGCAGACCGGGGCAUCAGCAGGAAAAGAUGGAAACGAGAUGCUUUACAUCCCCUCUGGGGUGCAGAUGUUUUUCGUGGCAGCGAAUGGGCAAGUGAGCGCCCUGUCUUACCCAGGCUUCCUUCGCAUCCUCACAUUUGAAAAUCAGCACACAAAUUCCAAUGGUGGAAGACCCUCAGCUUUCCUACAUGUGUGUGACUGUCUGUACCCGCUGACAACAGACACUCCAGUGCUGUUGGCUAAUUCUGGGAUCUUCAUGUUCCCUGACGUCUUGUCAGCGACUCCAGGGUCCUACGUGGGCAUAGUGUUGUCUUCUGAGCUGCCUGCUGCCCACAGAGAGACGUUUAAGGACCUCAUCUCACAACUUGCUGAACUCAGGAUCCAGGGUCCGGAGGGGGAAGGUUCAGAGGUCAUCAACCUGAGUGAGAAAGUCCCCCUAGGUCCCACCAAAGAGCUUGAAGGGCUCACAGUGCCAUCAGGGGAGAAGGACAGACCACCGCUUCCUGGAUGGAGUGAGAAGAUGGCACAAGGAAUCUUGACAGGAGCUACACGGUUGAGUUUUGGGUUAGUAAAAGGAGCCGAGGCCACUGGAAGGGCCGUUCAUAGAGGAGCAGCCAAGAUCCGGGACCACAUCACGCCCGAGGAAACUGCUUCAGAGGUCAGCCCCCGUGUCACCAAAAGUCUGCAGGUGGCUAAACAGGCCACCGGGGGGGCUGUGAAAGUCAGCCAAUUCUUAGUUAAUGGAGUGAGUACAGUGGCAGGACACAUGGCAGACAAGAUGGCUCCCCAUUUGAAGAAACAGGGCGCUAAGCUGGUCCCAGAGUCUCUGAAGAAGAAUAAAGAUGGCGGCCCUUCCAACUGGGAGGGAGCCAAGUUAGUGGCAGCCAGCAGUGUACAAGGUUUCUCUACUGUUUGGUCUAGUAUGGAGUGCGGAGCGAAGCUGGUUGGCAAAAGUGUUUCAGCAGAGACUGUCACAACUGUGACGUACAAGUAUGGUAAUGAUGCAGGAGCAGCUACAGACACUGCUCUCAAAUCAGCGAUUAAUAUUGGUGUCACUGCAUACAACUUUGACAAUCUGGGCAUAAAAGCCUUCUUGAAGACUGCUGGGAAGCAGACAGCCAAAGCCAUAGUCAAAGGCCCGGGAGGACAAGCUGAAGGGAAGGAGGCGCAGAAACGAGAACAUCAAGCAGAGUCAGAUGGGAAGGAAAAGCAGAAGAAAGAGGAAGAGAAGAAAAAAUAGACAUGACAAAUGACAUUUUUUGCAUGUUGAUAAAUAGCACAAAUAUUGAAGUUAGCCCAAGUGAAAGUGCAAUUUUACUUAAGAAGUUGUUAAAAAGCCUACUAAGUAUUUUAAUAGGAGCUGUCAGGGGCCGGAGGAGAUUCGGUCUGCAAACAGUUUUUGUAGGUCAAAGCUUACUUUAUAAUUGCUUUUUUGUGAUUUAUUUAUGUUUUGACAUUCUGUUUGUUCUCUCUGUCUCUAAAAAAAAUGUCUGGCUUUUAUUUAAUCUCCUUCUCUUAGUGUUUUAAAUGUUUUCUGUUCAAAUUGUAAAGCACUUUGUUACUGUGUUUGCCUGCAUUGUUUUGGGUUACGUGAAAUAUUUUGUGGUAGUAUUUUAGGUUUUUUAUUAUGUAGUAGGCCUACUUACUAUCACAUUUUGUGUACUUUAGGCCUAUGAUAAAACAUUAAGCAUCUUUAGUCGACAAACAACAAUUGUAUAUUGACCAUCUGUAGGCCUAUGCAGUGGCGACUGGUCAUUAGGGGCAGGUGGGGCACAGCCCCACCUAGUGUCAGCAGAAAGUAUU